UAUCUGGCAUGUGGCCUGAUGAAGGAAAACAUACUAAACUACUGCUGCUUCAUCUUUUUGUCGAAAUUGUGGUUUAUAGUUUAUGAGGCAAAUAAUAAAACCAAUGCGAACCCAAAUCAUUUUGUGCUUAAUUACUGCAUGUCCCUCCAUUUUGCGCACUACUUCUUUGUAAAUACAAUCUAUGAUCUAUGGCUCACUUUAGGAGGGUUUAUAUUGUUGAUAUUUCGAUGCGAUACAUCUUCCCACAGACACGCGCGUAGAGGAAACGAUAGGUGGCAGCGCGUGGUAGUUUCGAAUGCGCCUAAGAUACCGCCCUUUCCUACACAUGCGUUUGAGUACUUAUUGCAGCUUUUGAUGCAGUCCCUCCGGCAGCGCUCAGUCCGACCGCGGAGAAAAGAACCAUUGCCGCAGAGACGGAUUAGGGAUUUUUGUGGGACAUAGCGCUUUAAACUCUCUCUCUCUCUCUCUCUCUCUCUCUCUCUCUCUCUCUCUCUCUCUCUCUCGCUCUCUCUCUCUCUCUCUCUCUCUCUCGUGUUCAAUCUGUCUUUGAUCUCCCCUUAACAACAGCAACGUCAUUGCACAGAGAGCUAAAGGGGAAUUUCGUUAGCAGAGUGAAAUUCUGGGACCUCCAGAGGAGUUCAACGGCAACAGCAGCGAGGAGCAUUCGCGGAACUUCUUGCUCAGCUCUCCUUCCGACUUCACCGAAAGCUCGAGCAAGCCUAAAAAGAGAUGGAACACCAGCUACUGUGCCGCGAGACUGAGCCGAUCAGGAGAGCUUAUCAAGAUGCCAACCUGCUAAAUAGUAGGGUGCUACAGACAUUGCUAAAAGCGGAAGACAAUUACCUUCCCUCUCCAAACUACUUCAAGUGUGUGCAGAACGAAAUUGUGCCUUACAUGAGGAAAAUAGUUGCCACAUGGAUGUUAGAGGUCUGUGAAGAGCAGAAAUGCGAAGAGGAAGUAUUUCCUUUGGCUAUGAAUUAUUUGGACAGAUUUUUGUCAGUGGAACCGACAAAGAAAGGAAGAUUACAGUUACUGGGAGCUACUUGCAUGUUUCUGGCUUCGAAAAUGAAGGAAACGAUCCCGCUGACAGCUGAGAAGUUGUGCAUAUACACCGACAACUCAAUCCGACCAACUGAAUUACUGCAAAUGGAGUUAUUGGCUCUGAAUAAACUCAAAUGGGAUUUAGCCUCCGUAACUCCUCACGAUUUUAUUGAACAUUUCCUUUCCAAACUGCCAAUCCAUCAGGACACCAAGCAAAUUCUGCGCAAGCACGCCCAGACAUUCGUGGCUCUCUGUGCGACAGGACUGCCUCAGGGCGUGCCAGGAGCAGAUAGAGUCUCUGUUGGAGGCCAGCUUACGGCAGGCGCAACAGCAUCACGCCGUCUCCUUGGAAACCAAGACAGUGGAGGCGGAGGUGGAGGGGGACCUGUCCUGUACCCCCACAGACGUGCGGGACGUGAACAUUUGAGUGGACGGCCCGGCUAGGAGCGCACCCCCCGCCUCCCGCCACUGCUAUGGAGAGGGCUGUAUCUGAGAGGAUGCAUGGAGCCUGGCUGGACCGCGGGAUCGGCCUGCUCUCAGCCUCUGGAGCCCUGACCUGCAGAGCCAUACCCCGCCCUGCUGCCACACCCAGAGCCACGCCCUGCCCUGCUGCCACGCCCAGUGCCAUGCCCUGCUGCCACAACCGGAGCCACGCCCCGUCCUGCUGCCACGCCCAGUGAAUCAAUGCUUAACUUCUUUUGCUAUCACCUCUCACUCUGUUUUCCCCAUGCAAAAACACAAAACAGAAACAAAAAUGAAAAACCAAAGUGAACACUUCACUAAACAAAAAAAAAUGUUAAUGAAAAACAGGGAGAGAGAGAGAGAGGUGAGCAAUCCUGCAGUUUACAAUGACAUACCACAAAAAUGGAGAUCUGUUCCAGUCACCCACUGCUGCCAACUUAUUUGUGCCUGAAAAAGCUUUUUUUUUUUUAAAAAGAAAAUAGGUGUAACAAGUGUAUGACGCCAUUUUUGAAAAAAAAAACAUUCUUAAAGCAGAAGAGUCCUUUUUCUUAUUUGUUCUUUUUCUACAUUUUUUUUAACCACUUUAUUUUGUUUUGCUGUCUAGGCUUCUUAUGUCUUUAGCCAGUUUAUUACAUUGCCUUUAACACUUUUUUUCUUAUUUAGUCUUUAAUGUCCGGCCUCUUUUUUUUGGGAACAGAUUAUUAAUCCUAAAGAUCAUUUUUUGUCUGGCUUAGGGUAUCCCAUGUUUUUCCUUCCUUUAAAGGCUGUGGGUUGUUGGAUUUCUUAAGCUUUUGACAUAAAGGUGUAAUCAUUAACAAUGCCUGUAUAAGAACAGCUAACCACUCAUCCAGACAUAGCUUACAUACGUGGGUUAGAAGUGCUAUCACAUUCUUUUAAUCAUAAAUGUACAUAAAUGCAGCUAGCUAUAAAAACUUAUGAUAGUCAAUAUACUGAGCCUGUGUAAAAAAUCUCUUGUGCAAUCUACAUUCUAGUUUUUUUGUCUUAUUUUCUGAAUCAAUUCCAUUUGAAAGCACUUUCAGCCAGUUGAGUCUUUCUGACUCUUUGAAAAGCACGUCGGGCAUGUGCAGAUGGGAUGGCGUGGGCGGGGAAUGAGGCACAGUGUAUGCACAGUGUAUAACUACAGUGUAAGCACAGUGUAUGCACAGUGUAUAAAUACAGUGUAUGCACAGUGUAUAACUACAGUGUAAGCACAGUGUAUGCACAGUGUAUAAAUACAGUGUAAGCACAGUGUAUAACUAGUGUAUGCACAUUGUAAGCACAGUGUAUAAAUACAGUGUAUGCACAGCGUAAGCACAGUGUAUAACUAGUGUAAGCACAGUGUAUGCACAGUGUAUAACUACAGUGUAAGCACAGUGUAUGCACAGUGUAUAACUAAUGUAUCCACAGUUAAUACGACAGUAGGUCACAAUUGUAUUUCUUAUUGCUUUAACUGUAUCAGGAGCAUUUGAAACACUAAAGUAUGUAAUUCAUAGUUCCGUUAAGUACUAUUUAUUGCAAUCUCCUCUUGAGGCCAACAACUAUGACCGAAUACUUAGUCAUUCUUUUAUUCAUUGAAAUGCUGCCGAGUGCAUUUGUGAUAGUGCUUUUCUAAAUGCAAAAAUAAUUUCAUUUCAGCUAUCAGACUCUACUGAGGACGGUCAUGCACAAGAAGUGCCAGAGUUAAAUUACACAGAUUUGGUGUCCUUGAGGGGGAAGAAAUGGGGGGGAGGCUAUUUCUGGACAUGGUUCCUGACCCCUCAAACGUUAGUGGAUAAUUUUAGUGGAUACCUUUUUGCACAAAUUCGAAGAUGUAUUUUUGCGUGCUUGUUGAGAGAAGUGGAGGACGAAGUCGGAGGGGAAAGGAAUUGAAGUUUGGUUAGGGAGGCAGAGAGAGGGCUUGAAGCAAGUGAAAAGGUGUUAUUCGUGUGGACGGGAUUGCAAAAGUAGAAAUCAGUGUGAACUGGAGGAACACUCCUCUUACCAGGCUGCUAUUGAGGAAUGCCCAGCAAAGUAUGAUGACUUUUCAACUUUUAAAGAAAAGCAGAAAAAAGAAAAAAAGGCUUUUUUUCCUCUUAUCCGAGUGUUUUGCUGCUAUUUUUGUCUAUUUUGUUUAUUACAAUGUCAAUAUACUGCCAUGUAAUAGAUUGAAAUUUUCUCAUAGAAAAUUGAUAUUAUUGACAUCUGUUAUUUUUGUAGUUUUUUUAUGUGAUCAGUUUACUUGAUGUGAUUUAUGCGCUAUUCCAAAAAAAGGAAUAUAGAAAAAUAGACAAAGGUUCCUGUUUUUUUUUUGUUACCUCAUGCAACAGUCAAGAUUUAUUAUUAAUUUAGUCUGGGUUGCUAUAUUUGUUUCUAUUUUAUUUUAUUUUGUUUAUCUAUUCAGAGCCUGAUGGGUCUGUUUUUUUUAAACUGCAAAUAGAAAUGCAUUUAUCAUUGUCUGAAUGGGUCCUACAGGGAAAGCACAGCGUUGAUUGAAACUGGUGCCAUAACAAACCUGAAUUAAUAACUCUUUGAGUUUUAAGCUGUUUCAUUGAAAGAGACUGUAUCCCCAUAUUAGGCCAUUUGAAGGCCGUUUAUAUUUAUAAGGCUUUUUGUACAAAUUAAAAGCGGAUGUGAUGGGAUUUGUAAAUGCCAUGUCUACUAAAUAAAGCCAUAGCAUUUUUCCUGCUGGUAAUUUAACACUGUUCUUAUUAAAGUGUACCUGGUUUUUGUCUUGUCUUAAACAUG